CGUCGGGUAGUGGUGGAGAUGCCGAGGGUGCUGCCCGGGCCGCCUCAGUCGCUGUCGCCGUCGCCGCCCAGGCCGCAUUCGCUGUCAAAGCCGCCGUCGCCGCUCGUGACGACGACGACGACGACGACGGCAGUGGCACCGCCGGCGCUCCCAAUGGCCCCCAUAACGCCGAGGACGACGAGUGGAAGUGAUAACGGCGAUGGUUGCGGUGUUGGCGGCGGCAGUGGCGGAGGCAGCAGUGGCAGUCCUGCUAGCACCGCAGUCUUCGUUGGCCCUCCGCCGCCGGCACCCCAGUGCACGCCCGCGUUCGGGCCGGAAGCCGCUGCGGCAGCUGCAGCGGCGGCCGCAACAGCAGGAACAACCGCGAUAGAAGAAGAAGCAGAAGCAGCGGCGCCGGAAAUGGGCGGUCGUGCAGGAGUGGCGCAGUCGGCGUCAGCAUGCCGUAGCACACCGAUAAGGUGUGGCAGCAGUAACAGCAGCAGUGACAGCAGCAGUAACAGCAGUAGCAGCAGCAGUGUGGGGUCGGAAGCGUGCAGCGAUGAAGACGACUGCAGGAGCACUGGUAGCAGCGAGGGCUGUAGCAGCAGCGGCAGCAGCAGCAGCAACGGCACUUGCAUUAGUAGGAGUACUAGCAACCAAGGCAGCAGCGUUAGUAGUGUCGGCACCGGUGACAGCGUCAUUAGCAGCAGCAGCGGGACUCCUAGCAGUGAUCUCAGCAGUAUCAGCCAUUCACACGUAAAUACAGGAGGAGGAACAAGAGCAGGAGGAAGAGCAGCAACAGCAGGGGCAAGAGCAGGAAGAGGAGGAGGCGGUGGCGGCGGGAGGAGCGUCACGGCGCGUGUCAUGCGGCGAGCGGCUCGCGACCUGCCGUACAGCCUUCACGAGCUGACGUUGCAUCAUCCGCUGCAGUACGACAGGGAAGGGGAGUGGGUGUGGCACCCGCUGGUUAUGAUCGCCAACCUACCGCACGUGCAGCUGCGCUUCGCUGACCCCUUUGCUGCCGCCGCGGACGACACUCACACCGGCACUCACACCACCAGCAACAAUGAUCGCAAUAACACCGCCACCAACAACAACAGCGACGACAGCACCAGUACCACCA